UUCAAGUCGCUAUUCUAUAGGUGACAAUUUCCAUCUCAAAACUUCUGGCGCCCGCAGUUCCUCGUCCACCAUGGCCUCUCACGAAUCCCAGCCAGACAUCACGCUCUACCGUGGCUUCAGAGGCUCGGGAGCCUACACUUGGUCUCCUUUUGUUACGAAACUCGAAGCUCGGCUGCGCUUCGCCGGACUCUCCUACCACACUGAAGCUGGGUCUUUGUUGCAGGCACCGAAGGGCAAGAUCCCCUACGUCGCAAUUUCUCGGAUGGACUCUGGUCCCAUGGUGCUUGGGGACUCUACGCUCAUUGCUCGGAAGUUAAUAGGGGAUGGCCUUGCGGAGGACCUCAAUGCCAACCUCUCCCCAACGGAGAGAGCACACGAUCUAGCAAUCCGAGCUCUGCUGGAAGAGAAGCUAUAUUUCUGCGUUGCCUACGAAAGAUGGCACGAGAAUUACUAUACUAUGCGAGCGAAGAUCUUUGAAGCGCUACCCUACCCGGCUCAGGUACUUGUAGGUCUACUUGCCUACCGCAAGACCAUGAAGACCGCGUGGGGCCAGGGCAUCGGGCGGUUGUCACCGGAAGAGAUCCAUGCCUUAGUGCAGGAGACAUGGGAGAAUAUUAAUGCACUCCUCAUUGAGUCGAAGAGGAAGAAGACAGAAACGAGCGCCACGGACGCCACGUUCUGGAUCUUGGGAGGUAGUAAGCCAUCUGAAGCGGACGCGGCUCUCUUCGGCUUCAUCGUUUCGGCGCUCGUUUGCACUGCGGGCCCUCGGAACCGGAAAGUGGUGAAAAGCUUUCCCGUGUUGGAGAGCUAUGCGCGAGCGAUCCAUGAUCGUUACUUUCCUGACUAUUCUCUUUGGGAGUAG